AUGGAGCCUAAAACAGGCAUGCAGCUAGAGGACCAAAACCAGACUUUGCAAGAAGAGCUGUCCACUCUGCGUGGGAAGUAUGAAAAACUGGAGGAGAGCAAAUGCCAGCUGCAAGAAGAAGUGACAAAAGUCCAUCAUUAUUUGGAGACUUUCGUGCUGGAUGGCAGCCAAACAGCACAAUGUAAAAGAGAGGCGGAAGAACGAGCUGACCAGGAAAUAAGUCAAAAGCCACAAGACGUCAGUCUCGUUCUGCAAGCACAGGCAGCCUCCCAGGCUCGAUUAGAACAAAACGGAGACAGUCAUUGCGAUUCAGUGAGAAUCCAGUUAGAAGAAAGAAUUAGAGAUCUCGAAAGUGAACUGGACAGGGUAAAAAAAUCCCAACAAGAGAGUGCUUCUCGUAAAGAAGCAACGCGGGGAGAAAUGGAAAUGUACAAAGACCUGUACCUGGAGGAAUUGAAAACUAGAAGAUGCCUAGACAAGAAACUGGAAAGGUUGGAAAAGCUUCUGAGGGUAGAUAGGAGGAAACUCAGGGCUAAUGAAGAGAAAGAAACCCAGUCCCAGCUGGAAGAAAUGAAGAACAGAUAUUCUGAAAAGGUCAAGGAAGUGGAUAGAUUACGAACAGAGGUUGCUGAACUUUCCCAGCAGCUGGACGGGGAAAGUAAAAAGUGCACGCAGCUGGAAGCCAAAAAUCAGGAUUUGCAACAAGAGCUGUCUACCCUGCGUGGGAAGUGCGAAAACCUGGAGAUGGACAAAUGCCAGCUGCAAGAAGAGCUGGCAAAAGUCCAGCACCAUUUGGAGACUAACAUGGUGAAUCGCACCCAACUAGAACAAUGUAAAAGAGAGGCGGAAGAACGAGCUGACCACGAAAUCAGACAAAAACUCCGAGAAGUCAAUGAGUUUUUGCAAGCACAGGCAGCCUCCCAGGACAGAUUAGAACAAAUCAGAGCCAGUCAUCAUGCUUCACUAAGAAACCAGCUAAAAGACAGAAUUAGAGAUCUUGAAUGUGAACUGGACAGGAUAAAAAAUACCCAACAAGACAGUACUUUUCAAAAAGAAUCCACCCAGGCAGAAGUGGAAAAAUACAGAGAGCUGUAUCUGGAGGAAGUCAAAACCAGAAAAAGCCUAGCCAAGAAACUGGAAAGGUAAGUCCAUGCUUUUCUGGACUGGUAAUAACACACUCCUUUUUCCUCGUGCAUUUUCCUUCUAAAAUCCCUUUUUUACGUCUCGCCAGCACGAUGUGUGAAAGCAGAACAUGGCA